AUGGCAAAUACUUCUAGUUCUAUGAGCGAGAAACUCGCACCCAUUAUGGCGACAUUAAUCGCUAGACGAAAUCCCGAAAGUCUUAGUACUCAAGAACACUAUACUUCAGCAAACCAAAUGAAGAAACUUCUGUGUGAGUUUGUGAAUAGCAUAUUGACUGAUCUUGAUGCUGUUGCUGUCCAGUUAUCACGAAAGACUGGAGGUACACCUCAUUCUGAGAUCUUUUGGCAAUUCUUACAUCAUUGCCUGGAUGCAUUCCCAGAAUGCUUUGUUAGUUUAGAACCCCAGAAUACAAAUGAUGGGAUACUUGUCAUUGGAACAUCCAGUUCACAGGGUAACAAGAUCUGCAAAUCAGGAAAAGUUUUUACAUCAUGGAUCCUCUCAAGAAUUCUUUGUGUUCUUGCUGAGCCAGAUUGCUCUCAGUUGCAUGACAAAUCGGUGUCUGCCAUUCUGUCAUUAAUGCAGCUUGUGAAAGGAAAAGACCUAGUAUAUUACAACACAUGUCUUACAGAAUUUGUUUCACUUUGGGAGGACCUUGUAAUGAUUGAUGAAAAAUUGUUUUCAUCUGGCACCUGUCCUGUUGAUGCUUUGCCUCUCUAUCUUGGCCAUUUUCAGUACACAGAAACCUGUGAUAAAGAGGAGGAGCUCAACAUGGUGAAGAAGUUCAUUUGUAUCAAGCAUGCAGAAGAUUGCCAUACUUUACAAGAAGGAACAAGUAAAAUUAUCAGCCAUUUGGUUUGUGAUAUGUACCAAUAUAAUCACAGCAGUGUGACAAGUUUAUGGACCAUCUGCUGCCACCUUCUUCAGACUGGUCUAUUUCGCAUUAAGCAGGCAGCACUAGAUAUAAUAACAGGUCUGCUACCUUGGAGUGGACUUCCCAGUGUACCUCUUCUGGACAAGUUUGUCAAAUGCCUUUGCUCUUUACUAGAGCUUUUGGUAUCAGGAGUUGCCUCUAAAAUUCCAGUAGAUGGGCGAGAAAAACUCACCACAUUGGAGGUCAGUGUAGCUAAGUGCUUAGAUGUCCUAUCAACAGACCUUCCAUCUGGGAAAAAAGAUCCACUGCAGCUCACAGGCUCAACAUCAGAAAGAUCUCUCAAUGCAUUUCCUACAUGGCAUGUGGCUGUAUGUCAUUUCAUUUCUGGCAUUUACAAAAAUGUGCCCAUCAACACUGGAAAGACUGGUCUUUUAACGCAACACCAUGUCAGAGAUGACAUAAAUAAGUGUAUAGUUAGUUACCUUGGCACUGAACAACAGCAACAGUUCUUGGUUAAGUGCUUAUUUGAGGCAGUGAUUGCAGAUAGGUGCAACAAGAAGGGCACAACUUGUGUCAAGUCUGAUGCCUCAGGAACAGAUGAGGUCUCAAGUGAAGAAACAAUGGAGAGUAAGACUAGCUCAUCAAAGAAAAGAAAAAUGACCACCAAUUUACAGCCUUCUCUGCCAAGCAAAAAGAAAACGAAUGACUCAAGUUCAGGAACAAUGAGAAGACUUCUUGAAAGAAUCAAAGUACUUAACAUGUCUAUAAUACGUAAGGGAGAUGAAAAGUUGCCUAAUUUGGAUGAGUUCGCCUGUGAGCUGGAAGGCGUCAGAGUCACUGUGGAAGUGAUGGUUCACCUUUGUAGUCACCAAACAAGGAACCUCAGCGCGGAAAAUCCAAGUGGCUUAAGUGAGAUUAAAGAGUUUUUUACAAGCUUGGAUCUCAGCCACCUUUUCUCCAUGUUUAAAAUAUCUCUUCAAAUCAUUGUCCAGACUGCAGAGCUUUCGCCGCAAGACACAGGGAAAUUUGAUAUCCUUGAUUCGUCUUUUAGAAAACUUGUACAGCUCUGCGGAGCAUUGUACAGCAUAUCAGAUGUCAUUCACAUCCCUCUGGCAUUAUGCCAGUUCUUUAUAUUUCUGGUAUCCAUUCCUUGGCUGUCAAAGAGUGAUCCUCCGUGGGUCGAUCUUCCGCAUGGGUUUGGUCUCUCGCUGGACGGCAUGGUCAGAGUCGGGAGGUCACUUGAUCCUGUGAUUGACAGAGACAGUAGGGUCGAUUGUCUUCAUUUGAUGGCAGUUCUGGAUGCAGCGCCAACCUGGAGAAUGCAAGUGCUUCUUCUAGUUCUUAAAGAUACAAGUGACAUGAAGAUUGUGGCUCUCAAGUAUUUACCUCUGUUGCUGUCCUCUCUUGGCUCCUACUCUUUCCACUUGAUCAAUAAUAUUCUUCCUGGGCUCCUCUCCUGCGGUGAAGGUGUCCAAGUAGAAAUUGCCAAAACUAUUGGGUCAUUAGCCUGCGUGCUUACAGAGAAUACAGUAAUAAAGAAGUUGAGGAACGAACUGCCUUUUCAUAAGUCCAUCUCCAGCAGCAUCACAUUUCUUUGCCCUGAUUGUGAUUCUGUUAUUCAAAACAAAGCAGAUGACUUGGAGGGAACUAAACCUCAUGCCAUAGUAAAUGCAGCAAACUUCAUUCCUUACCUUCAACUUAUCUCUCCUGAAGCAAGCUCUUCCGUCAAGUGCGCUUUCAUUAAGAGCAUGAAAAGAAUGUUUACACACAUGGCUGUGGCACCUGAUAAUGAAGCUCAAAGAUCUAUAGUUAGUGCAACGUGCUUUGAUCUUAUUGAGGACCCCGAUUUUGAUGUCAGGAUGCAGUUCAGCAACGUCGUCCCUUAUGUUGUUAAACCUGGAGGAGCCGAUUCAGAUGAGAGCACGCAACAAAAUGUCAUUUCCAAGCUGAAAAAAGUGUUCCUUGAAGCGUCCUCGCAAGGCAACUGCAAACUGCAGGAGACGGUGGUUUUAACAAUUGGUCCAAGAGGUGGCCAGGUUUCAGGGCAAACAACUCAAGGAUUUGUUUGCUGGAUUCAAGCAACCGAUUUGUAAAUUUGUGGUAGAUGCAAUGGAUGAAAUACAAAGCUUGAAUCCCUCUUCUAAAGUUUCUUUGGAUGUUGUCUCAGAAGUUGCCAGUGUGUUUGAGUUUAGGGAUGUCCAUUCAUUUCUAAAGAAUACACUGCGUUUUGUAAUCCCCUACUUGGUCAAGAAAGCAUCGCCUUCCUCAUCGGCAAUCUUAAGACAUAUUGCUAAAGAGCUGAAGAUGAAUAGAAGGGAGAUGCUGUUGGAGAAUUUCAAGUUUAUUUUUUCUUUCCUUGUGAGAACAUGUUCAGCAUCUGAGCUAGAGAAGGCUCUGGGUUAUGUACAGAAAGAGACAGAUGUAGAGCUUGGUAGCCUAUUGAGAUCGGAGGCCCAGAGUGUUUAUAAUCAGCUUUUACUGUAUCUAAGUGUUAGCUACAGCAAGGUGUUUAGUGGAUUGGCAAUGCUGGCCUCGAAGGAUGACACUUACUCUGGGCCAAAGGACCUUAAAACUGAUCAACAUCUGGCUAAUUUUCUGCAAUCCAGACUGCUGGGUAUCCUGGCCUUCUACAACACUGUACUUCUAACAAACACUGAUCUGGAAGAGAAGAGGUUAGCUCUACAGAGUCUCACCAAACUGAUGCAAGUGAUGGGGCGGAAGUACAUCACUUACGUACGAGUGAAAGUCAUGGGUAUCCUGCGGUUGUGUCUGAGAUUCCAGGAUGAAGGGUUUCCUGAGCUAUCGUGUGAUGCAUGGGAGAACUUUGUGCGGAAUGUUGAACUCUCAAAUCUUGGUCCCAUGCUGAGCCAGAUCAUUGUGACCCUUUUACCAUAUCUGAACAAGCUUCCAGCAAGAGUCACACAGAUUUUCCACUUUCUGAUUGUUGAGAACAAAGCUGCUCUACAAGGUUAUUUUCAUGAGAUCUAUUUUCUUCCCGAUAUUCCUGAACUACGCCGAGUCAGUGCAGUGCUGAGGACGUGUAGUGGGAAUGCUGCCAAAAAAAUGGACCUGCGAGCUCAGUUGAGACAAUCCCUGAAAGGAAUAUCUCAUGAAAGUGUUGACGUGCAAAGGCAUGCAUUGUCAAAACUCAAACAGCUGCUUCAUGAUAACCAGGCCACCUUACAUGGUUAUGUCCUUAGUAAUGAAACCGUCGAUCCCAUCAUCCCGCAGCUUAUUAGUGUGCUCAUGUCCAGUUGCCGUGUGACUGAUGCUGAAGUGAAAAUUCUUGUCGCUGAAUGUCUCGGUGAGCUGGGGGCUGUCGAUCCUGGCAGACUGGAUAAGCUCACACACGAUCCUGUGGAUGAACAAACAGUUUUUGAGAGUGGUUGUGAUGAUAAGGAGUUUGCCGUUGAGCUUAUUAAUAAGCUGGUACAGGCCUUCUUAGCAGCUCAUGAUACAAGAGCACAGGACUGCUCUGCCUAUGCUAUUCAAGAAGUUCUGUUAACGUAUGGCUGUAGUGAAUCAAAGAAGGACGGGGCUGGCUAUGACCUGUGGCAGAAAUUUCCAGAGCAUAUCCAAGAAGUUCUUCGGCCUCAUUUAUAUUCAAAAUACCUUAGCUCCAGCACUCCCAAUUGGUCUGGUCUCCCCAAACCGAUCUACAGAAGCACUAAGGGCAGGGUUUAUAAUGAGUGGGUCAGCACAUGGACAUCAUAUAUGAUCACCAAGGUCAAAGGCCAGAAACCAUCCCAUACAUUCCAGGCUUGCAGUAAAAUUUUUAAGCACGACGUUAAGACCGCGUUAUUCUUGCUUCCCCACGUGCUGCUGUAUGUUCUGUUGGAUGGCACAAAAGAGGACGUCGAAGAGGUUUACGGAGAGAUCAUGGCAGUUCUCACUCAUCUGCAAAGAAACGAAGAGCUUCCUGCCCCAUCCUCAGAUUUCCGCCAGAUGAGUGCUCAGACAAUAUUUUCCGCCUUGGAUUAUUUGAACCGUUGGGCAAGAGCAAAGGCUUACAGAUUGGUCUUAAAGAAACAGUUGGUGACUUCCAAACAUCGAAACAGUCCGUCAGUCUCAGGUAUCCAAGAUGAGCAAAAAGCCGUGGAAAAGUUCCUGGAAAAAAUUCCCCAGGAUGUGCUGGCCUACGCAUCAUUCCACUGCAAGGCAUAUGCCCGUGCCUUGAUGCACUUUGAGGCAUUCAUCUCAAGUCAGAAGCAGGAUGUCCACCGCCAUUUAGGGUUUGUUCAGAAGCUUUACAUAGUUUUGGACGAACCUGAUGGAGUAGCUGGGGUUGCAGCCAGCAGGAAGCAGGAACCCACUCUCCAUGAACAGAUCCUCGAUCAGAAAAGCUCAGGGAAGUUGUGCGAUGUUUCUGCUCGUUAUGAGAGAGCAAUUCAAGAAGAACCAGAUGAGAUUGGACAUCACAAGGGCCUGUUACAGUGUUUUAUUGAUCUUGGUCAAGUGACGACUGCUCUCACUCAUGUGGAUGGAGUGGUUACUCGCAGACCUGAAUGGGAGAAGUCCCUGAAUGCGUAUCGUGUUGAGGCUUCUUGGAGACUAGGACAGUGGGACUCGCUUGAAAGUUAUCUUAAACUGGAACGAGGUGUUGGCGAUUGGGAUGUUGGAUUAGGACGGAUCCUGUUGGCUGCUAAAGAAAAGAAUGAGAAUGAAUUUAGACGUCAACUAAAGGUAGUUCGCAGUCAACAGAUGGGAUUCUUGUCCGCGGCAAGUAUGGAGUCUGGGUCCUAUCAACGUGGUUAUGAACACAUUGUGAGGCUGCACAUGCUUCGCGAGGUGGAGGAAGCAGUGCAGCGGAAUUUUCUUGUAGCAGCUGAUGGAAUCGAUACCAUAGGCGUGACAAAUAGCUGGCAGUCACGUUUGCACAUCUCACAGACAUCAUUUCGCACGAGGGAACCAAUCUUAAAUUUGAGACGAGUUGUUUUAAAACUGUUACCAAGUUCUGAAGAGUUACAGAAAGAACAAGGAAAAAGCUGGCUUCAAAGUGCAAAAGCAGCUAGGGUAGCGGGUCACGUCCAAACUGCUGACAGUUCGCUUUUAAGUGCUAGUGCCUUCGCUUUGCCAAGUUUAUGCUUAGAACGUGCGAAAUGGAUGGCCAGCCAGGGUGAUGUUCAUAACGCUCUGAUAAGUUUGCAACGGGCUGUCAGUGAACAGUGGCCGCAUGGCAGCAGUACAGUGUCAGAUGGGGGACUGGACAGAUUCAUCCAUGCAAAGGCCUUGCUACUUAUCGGCCGAUGGAUAGAGGAGACGGCUCAUUAUGCAGCUAAUCGUGCCAUUCAACAGUACAAGGAAGUGACUGCACUUCAUGGUAGCUGGGAAAAUGGCCAUUUCUAUUUGGGAAAAUACUAUGACAAGCUGAUGUCAGCUUGUCCGGAAGGAGAAGAAAAAUCGAACAAAGUUUAUGUGGACUUCAUUCCAUUUGUUCUCAAACAUUACGGACUGUCUCUUCAGUUUGGAAACAAAUUUAUCUAUCAAUCCAUGCCUCGUCUCCUAACUAUUUGGCUUAACUUUGGCGCUACAGUUUCUGAUCAAGGUCGACAGACCAAAGCAUCUGAUAGAGGAGGAAAGAGGCAAAAGUUGGCGGAUUGCAACGAGAUCAUGUCAGAUCUGACCAACAAACUACCAGCGUACCAGUUCCUCACAGCGUUCUCUCUGCUUAUUUCUCGCAUUUGCCAUGCGAACCAAACGGUCUUUCAUCAGCUCGAGGAGAUCAUCGCCAAACUGUUAGUGACGUACCCACAACAAGCGAUGUGGAUGAUGAUGGCUGUUUCAAAGUCUUCUUUCGCCAUGAGAACAAAGCGUUGCUAUCAAAUCUUUCAUAAGGCAAGUUCGCGCGACACUACGUUGAAAAAGUUCCUUGAGCACUCCACAAGACUAGCUGAUAGACUGCUUGAAGUUUGCAACAAGGAAGUAUCUACCAAAGGUCCUUCCAAAGACAAGUUGAGCAUGAGUCAUGACUUCUCUGUUCUCAAGAGGCUUGUUUCUGAUGGAGAUUUUAGUCCAAUUAUAGUUCCUCUCCAGUCUGCUAUGACUGUGACCUUGCCUUCAGGAGCCGGAAGCCAUCACGAUCACAAUCCGUUCCCAGGCUCGCUAGCUUGUAUCAUCGGCUUUGAGGACACGGUUGAUGUUCUAGCGUCUCUACAGAAACCGAAGAAAAUCACCAUUAAAGGCAGUGACGGAAACUCGUACACCAUGAUGUGUAAACCCAAGGAUGAUCUUCGAAAGGAUUGUAGAACAAUGGAAUUUAACGCCCUCAUCAACAAGUGUUUAAGAAAAGAUCCUGAAUCUCGACGAAGGCAGCUGCACAUUCGUACUUAUGCGGUGAUUCCUUUAAAUGAAGAAUGCGGACUGCUAGAAUGGGUACAAAAUACUCAUGGCUUAAGAAACAUACUCACGAAAAUUUACAAAGAGAAAAAUAUGUAUACUCGAGGAGCGGAGCUCAAAAAAUUAAUGGACAGAGCAGGAAACAAACCUGAGGACAAGAAACGUGUCUUCUUGAAUGAAAUCCUUCCCAGGCACCCUUCCGUUUUUCAUGAGUGGUUUCUGAAGACGUUUCCUAAUCCAACCUCGUGGUACAUGAGCCGCCUGGCAUACUGCCGAACGUCAGCGGUUAUGUGUAUGGUGGGUCAUAUCCUUGGUCUUGGUGAUCGCCAUGGUGAGAAUAUUCUGUUUGACGCUACCAGUGGGGCCUGCGUCCAUGUCGACUUUAACUGUCUGUUUAAAAAGGGAGAAACCUUCGAUUGUCCGGAACGCGUGCCAUUUCGAUUGACACAUAACAUAGUAAAUGCUAUGGGUCCUCUUGGAUACGAGGGAGUUUUUCGUCGCUCUUGCGAAGUUACCUUGCGUCUUUUGAGAAAUCAGUGCGAUUCUUUGCUCACUGUCCUCAGAACCUUUAUAUAUGAUCCGCUUGUGGAGUGGCAAAGGACUAAGGGAAGGGAAUUACUUUCCGAGGCUUCAAAGAAUAAAGAAACAGGGGAAGUUACAAAUGAAGAGGGUCUUAAGAUUCUGAAAGAUGUGGAAAGGCGGAUCAAAGGCUUUGAAGGAACCAGCAAGAUCAUGAUUCCUCUCUCGAUAGAAGGACAGGUGCAUUACCUGAUCGAGGAGGCCACAAGCGAUGACAACUUAUGCCGGAUGUACAUUGGAUGGGCUCCUUUUCUCUAACGAAAAAGGGAAGAUAUGUAAACAAGAGAUCUUUGUAAACCAUGGUAAAGAAGAAGGUUUUUUUUUU